AUGGAGACGAAGAUCGGCACGCUGAUCAAGCCGAUCAUCAAGAAGGUCGUGCUCGCCGUCGCGAACCUCGACUGCGUCGACGUCGCCGACUACAAGAAGACGGACGCGCUGCCGGGCAACGCCAUCAUCGUGCACGACGACCGGCUCUACACGCGCGUCAUCACCAAGGGCUCCCUCGCCUUCGGCGAGGCCUACAUGGACGGCGACUGGACGCCGGCGACGAGCCUCAUGGACGUGCUCACGGGCGCCAUCAAGGCGGGCUCGCUCGAGGGCAGGCUCCAGGCCGUCUUCAAGUUCUUCCAGUUCCUGAGCGCCAACCUCGGCUGGAUCAACCCCCAGUCCAUCUUCCGCUCCACCAAGGUCGCGAAGAUGCACUACGACCUCGGCAACGACAUCUACGAGAAGAUGCUCUGCUCCCACAUGCAGUACACGUGCGCGUACUGGCGCGACGUGCCGGACGCGCUCGAGACGGCCCAGCUCCAGAAGCUGGACCUCAUCGGGCGCAAGCUGAAGCUCGAGCCGGGCAUGCGCGUGCUCGAGCUCGGCGCGGGCUUCGGCGGCCUGUCGUACUACCUCUGCACGCAUUUCGGCGUGAAGAUGACGUGCUGCGACCUCAGCGAGGAGCAUUUGGUCUACUCGAAGCAGCACUUCAACCACGAGAACAAGACGCUGGUGCUCAUGGACUACCGCGACUUCCUGGACAAGCUCAUCGCGGAGAAGUGCGACAAGUUCGACCGCAUCGUGUCCGUGGGCAUGAUGGAGCACGUCGGCCCCGUGAACUUCCCCAACUUCUUCCGGAAGACGAAGCAGGUCAUCAAGCCCGAGGGCCUCUUCCUGCUCCACACCAUCGGCAACUCCGUCGACGACCGCAACCAGGACCCCUGGUUCGACAAGUACGUCUUCCCGGGCGCGUGCAUCCCGGGCCCGCAGCCCUUCUUCCAGCCGGGCUGCAUCGGCGACGGCUGGAAGCUCGAGGACUGGCACAACUUCGGCGUGGACUACAUGCGCACGUGCCUCGCCUGGCGCGAGAAGUCCUUCGCGGCGCGCGGCGACCUGCCCAAGGACAAGUACGACGACCGCUUCUGGCGCAUGUGGGACUACUACCUCACGGGCUCCGCCGCGGGCUUCGCCGCGCGCUCCAUCCACCUCUGGCAGUUCGUCCUCUCGCCCGAGGGCCUCCCGCCGUCCUUCGGCGACCGCGGCGGCUACGAGCGCGAGAACUAG